AUGGGCAUUCUGUAUUACUACACAAGCAAGAGCACGCUGUUGCCCAUGGCCAAACGUGAAACAACAAAGAAAGGUGCCUGUCUGGUGACAUCUUCAGUUAAGCCAUAUGAGGAAGAGGACCUCCGGUUCUGUUUCAGUGUAGUGUCUCCAGAGAAGUCAUUGCAUCUACAGGCAGAAAGUGAAAUGGAGAAGCAGGAGUGGAUUGCUGCCAUUCAGAGUGUCAUUGCCUGCUACCUUCAAAAUAGCCCUCUGGAUGGAAAAGCCUUCUGUGACUCAGAAAUCACACUGCCCACACACAGCCGUGACUCAGUGGCCCCAGAAGAGAAGGCAGAUUUAGUUGCAUCAGCAAAGAGCUUCACAGAAUAUGGUACAAUGUCACCUGCGUCAUCAGGAAUGGCACUGCCUGCAAGUGGAGAUGGGUGUGCCAUGGGUGGAACUUCAGCACGGCACAACAGGAGUGCAACCUGGACCCCGGAGUCUUUUUCAAGAUUCCAUGCUGAGGAUGUGCGAAUAAAGCACGGUGGGGAGCCACCUUUGGAGCAACUGCAGCAUGUGGCAGGCAACAAAAUUUGUGCUGACUGUGGAGCAGCCGACCCUGAGUGGGCAUCAACAAACCUGGGUAUUUUGAUUUGCAUCGAGUGUUCAGGAAUUCAUCGGCAGCUGGGGGUCCACAUCUCAAAGGUUCGCAGCCUGAAGCUAGAUGUGCGGGUGUGGACAGAUUCCCUGCUUCAACUUUUCCAGCAAUUGGGAAAUGAAUUUGGAAAUAGUCUCUGGGAAUCAGGAAGACACAAUCUUGACCGCACAGAGUCAUGGGUAUGGUGUGAGGAUUCAGAUGAUGAGGGCGAAGGGCACAACAGUUGCACUACAAGCCCAUUUCCCAACCCUGGGACAACAGGGGCACAAUUUUUUGAUGCUGAUGAAGGCUUGCCAAAGCCAACCAGCUCAAGCAGCAAGGACGAAAAGCACCGUUUUGCUGUGGAGAAAUAUGUGAAUCGAUGCUAUCUUGAGAAACUUGACUCUCACACUGCAGAUCACCUGCUGUGGAAAGGAGUUGCAAAAGGCGAUGUCAGGACAGCAUACAGAGCAAUUAUAGGGGGUGCCAAUGUGACUACCCCAAACACAUUCAAUGAUGGUGUAAACCUUGUGGGGGACAUGGAACACUCAAUGGCAAAAGCAAUGAGGAGAGGAGUCACUCUUCCAGAUGAUACCCAUUCAGGUGCCAGUGUUUUGCUCCUUGCCUGCAAGGUUGGAUCUGUCCCGGUACUGGAGCUCUUGAUACAGAAUGGGGCAGAUCUUGACUGUCAGGAUGCCUACAAUCGCCGUGGCCUGCAUUACUGUCUUGUGCACAGCUGCAAAGAUGCUGCAAGGUUGCUUGUUGGAAAAGGAGCACAAAAAGAUGUGGCAGACUGCCACGGAGCCACUCCUAUGUGGAUUGCUCAGCAGAGUGGAGACCAAGAAGCCAUUGAUUUGCUGCAGAUACUGCCGAGUGCAGAGAGAGCCUGA